AUGCUUGUCAUCAAGUCAAACCAGCUAGCUAGCUGGAUCCUAUGCCUCUUCGUGCUGGCCGUUCGUGCGCAGUCGGGUUGUAAACACGACAAUUGUUACAAUGCGCUUUUCCCUUGCGACUCUCCGCUUGCCCUUCAGGAAGCUUUGAACUAUUGCGCGACUGUCGGGCAUUACGGCGCAACAAACUACCCGACAUCAGCAACUGCCGCAUGUGGUAAUACCAACAAGCGGGCCUAUAUGUCGGCUUGUCAAUGCGGCGUUGCUUGUCCUUCUUUUCAGCCAGAUACGAUAUCCUCCAGCACAACUGCACUGACGCUGACAACACUUACUACUUCGACUAUCGUUCCUGGAGGUAAUGCUCGGUCGUCAUCCAGCUUACCCGUAUCGGCUACAUUGGUCACACCAACCAGUAGUACCCAGUUGUAUAGCGUGUCUUCCUCUAGCGCACUCAACUCGGCGGUGUCCAAUACUCUGAGCCCUGCGUCUCCAGUUUCACAGGGGACAUCUUCAUUAACAGCUACAGCAUCUAGUAGCGCUGGGAGCGACCCGUCGUCACAGGACUCAGCCUCGGGCACACAAUUGACAAUUUCUAAUCCUGGAUCAGCGCUCACCCUUUCACUUACUGAUAUCGUUUCGACGAUCACAGUUUCAACUUCCACGGCCACAAUUUCAGAUGGUUCCUCGUCCAUUUCCUUAAUUGUCUUUAGUGCAUUGUCAAGCACGCAUUCAGACUUCCCGGAGGGGCAGCCAUCCAGUUUACUUUCGACACUCACAUCGAAUAGUUCCCGCUCAGUCACAACCUCGCUGAGUCCUUCGUUAAGUAGCAGCUCGGCGUUCUGGACGAACAUAACCCAUACUUCAGGUGUGGGAUUACCUACCUUUGUAAACGCUAGCACGGCGUCUUCAACCUUGGUAGAUCCGACCUCGGUAUCGGCUUCAUCGGUAACGGAUCUAUCUUCGUCCGGCGAGCCUAAUGGUGCUAACUCGACGGUAUCGGUUAAAUCCGCAACGGGUGUCUCGAUUCCAUUGCCUCGUCCAACUUCGAUCGAUACGACGUGUACGUCAACGUCGAAGCCAACUUUAUCGACUCCUUGCUCUAGCUCUUUCCACUAUUUCCCUAAUUCGACGUCGCACACUUCUGUCGCAAGCGUCACUAACGUCAUAAUUUCCGCCUCGACUUUCGCCGUCUCGCUGCGCCCGUCGCUAAACCGCACGUUAAGUACGCGAUCGACGUCAACUUUGACGACCAGUGAAGCCCCGUCCUGCACCAGCACCUCUAGCUCCAAGAUGAUCGAAAACGGUGACUUCGAGCAAGGCCUAUCCCCCUGGAGCAUCGACAUGGUGGAUGUGAUGUCGACGAGCUACUCACUCGCCAGCCCCGGGGCCAACGGGUCGUGCGCCGCGUUCCACGUGCACAUGCGGCGGAACUCUCAGACGGAUGAUUUGCGGGCGAACCUGCGGCUGGUCAGCCCGUUGAUCUCACCACCUGCCGAGACAGGCGUGUCGUGGGCAGUCUCGUUCUGGGUGCGGUUCGGUAGCGGGCGGGCCACGAACUCGUACGUCAACUUGUUUGCUAACGGCGAGGUGGCGCACCGCGUAGAUGCCGCAGACGAGGGAGCCACAAACUGGACACGUGUCGAGUUCCCCUACACGACGGUGUCUAGCGACCGGAUGCUCCAGCUUGUCUUUUCGUUUGCACUAGGAAAUGCACCGUCUAAUGAAGUGUGGAUUGAUAAGGUGGCCAUGAACGUGAUAGCUGCCGGUACGGUACCCGUGGGACAGGGAUUCGCUAUCGCACCCUCUAAGGCUAUCAAUGCUUCUUGA